AUGGAUUCCGCUUUAUCAAUUAAGAAUGCCUCUGGCAAAACAUUCAGUCUUUUAAACGACUCACCAUCCAAUGCUGCUAUUUCUGCUAGCCAUGGUAGAUCAGAGGAGACAUCUUUCAAAGUGACCAAAUUAACAACUUCCAUGACAUUGCCUGUUCAACCGAAAAGAAAGUAUCAUUGCGUCGAACUUGGAUGCAACAAGAGUUUCACCACCAGCGGCCAUCUUGCCAGACACAAUCGCAUCCACACUGGUGAAAAGAACUUUCAUUGUCUUCAUCCUGGCUGCCCCAGUCGAUUCUCUCGUCAAGACAAUAUGAUGCAGCAUUAUCGCACUCAUCUGUCGCAAAAAUUGCGUCGUCAACAUUUGCGUCAACAUCAACAACAACAACAGCAACAAGAAAAGAAGAAGGAAUCGCCUCAACUCUAUUGCCACUCUCUCCAUGGAGGCGAGGACCACAUGUCGUUUCAACCCCUGAUGACAAGACCACGACGAUCUGUUACUAUGCCUAGCUUACCUUACCCUCCAGCCACUAUAUCAACCUUAAUGAACCAGCAGCAGCAGCAGCAGCAGCAGCAGCAGCAUAAAGUUGUGAAUAGGCCUCGCCGUGCUCUUUCCACCUCAUCUACCUGCUCAUCUUCCUCUGUUUCUUCGUGCUCUGCCUCUCCUCCUUCCAUGAUGUACUAUUACGACCAUGCUCACUCAUUGCCACCUCCACUCAGGCAGUAUCAUGCUGAGCCUGUACAUCACCAUCAUCAUUAUCAAUCGCAUUCACCUCACUACAAUCGUUAUCACCACACUCAAAUUCAGCAACCUCAACAGUCGUCUGAUAAACAGCUUGAACAUCAUGAAUGGGCUCCUAAUUCACAAAAAUCACUUUCAAGCCUCUUGCAUUUAGCAAACAUUGUCAGCACAUUUGGAUAA